AUGAGCCGAGUGAGAAAUGAAAUGCAACCCCCCCCCCACUUCCCCAUGCUGCCCAGCAGGUGCAGGGACAACAGGGCCAACAUGAACGGCAUAGAGGAGGCGGGGCAGCGCCUGGUGGAGCUGCGGGAGAGGAAGCAGCAGAUUCACGACGACACCAUCCUGCUGGCCGCUCAGGACCUAAUCCCCUGGAUGCAGCGCAACCCCCCUCUUCGCCCCAUCAAGAUCGGCCCUCGAGCGUCUGCUGUGCACUCGCAGCACUCCGCUCUCCUCAAGAUCCUGGCAGGGCUGCAGGUGGUGCAGGCAACAGCACCAUCUCUUCACGAGGCAGCCACUGACACAGCCGGCACAGCCACGCCGCAGGUGAAGGAGUGGUGGGGUGCGGUGGCAGCAGCGACUGCCAGCACGGAGGACAGCAUUCGUUCCCUCCGUGCGGAAAUCUCUGCACUGACUCAGGCACUGGUGCAGCCACACCUCAGGGGGGGUGCGUUGGGGUACGGUGGGGCGUGUUGGGGUGCGGUGGGGUGCGCUGCGGUAGUGCGGUCGGGUGCGGUGGGGUGCGUUGCGGUGCAGUGCGGUGGGGUGCGGUGCGAUGUGGUGGGGUGCGGCGUGGUGCAAUAUGGUGCGCUGGGGUGCAUGGGCUGUGGUGGGUGCGGUGGGUUACGGUUGGGUGCGGUGUGGGUGGAGGCAGCAACGGGGCUGGUGUUUCGGUUCAUAGUUGGGCACGGCAGCGCGGAGGACGAGCAGAUGCUGCAGGCGGAGAACAGCACUCAUGGGGACUUCUUUCGUGUUGAUGUGCAAGAAUCGUACCUCAAUCUCAACCACAAGAUGUAA